AUGAGCACCACCGACCUGGAGCGCGUGUCGCUCAGCUCGUCGGCCAACUCGGUGGCCUCGAGUGCGCGAACGCUGUCGGUCAAUGUGAAAAAGCUUCACAACGCGCUCAACCUGCUGCUGAACGACUUUGAAAGGGAGCAGUUCAUCCACUGCCUCAAUGUCUACCACUCCAAGCGCAACGUGUACGACUUGGUGCAGACCCUCAACGUCAUCCUCAACGCGCCCAGCAAGCGACAACUUCUCCCCAUGCUUCGGCUUGUUAUCCCCCGGUCUGACCAGCUCCUUUUCGAGCAGUACACGUCGGAGGGCCUCUAUCUGAAAUCGGAUUUAGUUGCAAGCAACGGUACGGCCGAGUCCCCGUCGGGCCCGACCCCCCCUGCGCACUACUCCCAGGAUAACCCGUCCGAGUUCCAGGUGGCGCUGCGCGGCUCCCCGGAUAGCUUCAGCACCAGCAGCGACGGGACAGCUCCACUAGUACCGCUACUCGGCAGGAACUUUAUCCACGAGCCUCCGGGCGAGCUGCGGCAGGUCACCAUGAAGCGGCACAAGAGUAACGAAGGCCUGGGUUUCAGUAUCCGUGGUGGAUCUGAGCACGGAGUGGGUAUCUACGUGUCUCUUGUGGAACCAGGAAGCUUGGCGGAGAAGGAAGGUCUCCGGAUUGGGGAUCAAAUCAUGAAAGUCAACGAUAAAGUCUUUGACAAAGUGUCUCAUGCUGAAGCUGUUAAGGUGCUGAAGGGCAACAAAAAACUUAAUCUCUCUGUACGGUCAGUGGGGAGGAUUCCUGGCGGCUAUGUAACCAACCAUGUUUAUACAUGGGUUGACCCUCUGGGCCAUAGUGUUUCACCUCCUCCUGACCUGCCUGAACAUCACAGUGCCACCCUCAGAAGAAGUGACAGUCAGCGAAGAAGCAACAUGCAACUCCUGCAGGAGGGAGAUGAGAAGAAGGUCAACUUAGUUUUGGAUGAUGGCCGAUCUCUUGGCUUGAUGAUCCGAGGGGGAGCAGAAUACGCUUUGGGUAUUUACAUCACUGGAGUGGAUCAUGGAUCAGCAGCAGAGUGUGGAGGGCUCAAGGUCGGGGAUCAAAUCCUGGAAGUUAAUGGCCGCAGUUUCCUGAACAUCCCGCACGAUGAGGCUGUCAGAGUACUCAAGUCGUCGCGCCACCUGAUGAUGACGGUGAAGGAUGUAGGCCGCCUGCCUCAUGCUAGGACAGUAGUUGGUGAGACCAAAUGGAUUGCUAGCUCCCAGAUCGCAGAGAGCUCUGCAAACAACAGCUUGGCGGGAUACUCUGUGGAACAGGGAGCCUCCGCUGCUGGAAAGUCUGGUUUUUACAAGGGCGUGGCCGGGUCACAGGUGACCUUGUCCAGCCUGGUAAACCAAUCCAGAGCGAUGCUAGAAGAGCAAGCGCGGCACCUUCUGACUGAGUCGGAGCGGCAAACUAUGGGCUACUACUUGGAAGAGUACCGGGAUGGUCACAUUGGAGUUGAGGAGUUAGUCAUGGCGCUGUUCGAGCUGCUCAACACGCAUGCAAAGUUUUCUCUACUGUCAGAAGUACGAGGUCUGGUCACCCCACAGGACCUGGAACGUUUUGAUGGACUGGUCUUACGCCGGGAAAUCCAGGCUCUCAAAGCAAGACAGGGCACAGCGGGCGGUCCCACACUCCAACCGGACACUUUAUCCAUGGUGUCGUACCCUGACACUCUGACUUCAUCGACAGCCAGCUUCAUGACUAACACCACUCUUAGCUCCGCCCGGGAAAGGCUGCUCUGGCUGGUAGAUAUGAUGGAGAAUGACAGCGUGGUGGAUACUAAUCAGCAGGAUCCCUUGGAAAGUCUGAACACACUGCUAGCUGACAUCUCUCUGGAUGACGUACAGUCCACCACAGCAGACUCUCCCCCCUCCUUCAAACCUCCACCCCCAUUAGGGGUGCAGAGGCGCAAGAGUAGAAGAGACCAGCUCAUCAAAUGUCCCUCAUCCGAAUCCGCACACUCGGACAUGCACCUCACAGCUCCCGCUCGCCCUAACCACUACAAAAAGCCAGGUCGCACCUCCUCAUCACCAUCACUACAUCACAAACAAGAUCCUCCCACGCUGCCUUCCAGAGACUAUGCGGCAAUCCGAAAGACAGAACUCUUGGCACCUUCCAAGAGAGAACAUAAAGCAGCCAGUCAUUUGUCCAAGGCAGUCCAACAGAGUAUUGGCCCUUUUCCACGCGUUCAGUCCCCAAGUCGGGGAGCCAAACCGGCUGACGCAUUACUGCCACCUCCGCCCCCACUUCCCGCCCCUCCUCCACCUCCUUCUCUUCCUUUUAAACCAGCUACAUUGUCCAAAGUCUCAUCCCCCGGCUCUAAGCAACAGUUUGUCACGGUGGAGGUUCACAGGCCCAACGGGGAGCCAGACGUCAAUGAGGUGCGGCCACUGCCACAAGCUAGAGGUGGCGCCCUGUCUCAGCUGUCAGACAGUGGUCAAACCCUCAGUGAGGACAGCGGUGUGGACAUAGCUGAGUCAGGACACAUCAACAAAGACAGCAGCUCCCAUUCCUCAUGCACACGACACCCUCAAGACACCCAGGGGGGUGGGGGGGACAACCCCACCAAACCGCCUGGUCUGUUGGACCCCACUUCCACGCUAGUGAGGGUGGCAAAGAGCGCAAGUACAUUGGGCAUUGCCAUCGAAGGAGGAGCCAACACUCGACAGCCAUUGCCACGAAUUGUCACGAUACAGCGGGGCGGCUCAGCUCACAAUUGUGGCCAGCUGAAGGUGGGUCAGGUGAUCCUGGAGGUAAACGGGAUUUCCCUGAGGGGCCGUGAGCACAAGGACGCCGCACGCCUCAUCGCCGAGGCCUUCAAGACCAAAGAGAGGGACUAUGUGGACUUUCUGGUGACUGAGUUCAAUGUAGCACUAUAG